UGCCUAAGCCCAAAGGUCAUUCUCCUCUCUCUCUCUCUCCAUAACGCCAUUGAAGAGGGCGUUUACAGAAGUCCUAAAUGGUGACGUGGGAGGUGAGUAGAUCCCAUUCUUGUGGUCGUCGGGGAAAGAGGCGGACUUGACAGCGGUGUCGAUGACUUGCGUCCAGGGAUCAGGAUGGAGCGGGAGCAAUAGCGUCGAUGAGGUCGGGUGAGAUUGGAGAGAGCAAACCCAGCGAGUUCUUAUGAGUUAUUGGGGGCGAGAUCAUGUUGUUUUAGGUGAGAUUGGGCAUGGGAAUUCGUUGCUUCGUAGGCAAAGCUGUGUCGAGGAUGGCAAUGGCAUUACUUGCCCACGGGGAUCGAGUGUCGUGGUGUUUGGUAGUGGGAAAUUUUGAUGCGAGGCUCCGGGACCCUUUUUGUUCUUUGGAGGUUCUUGAGCAUCAUCGGCGGUGAUGUGGGUUUGUUUACGAAUGGUGGUGGAUUCGGGGAUCGGCGGUGAUUUUGCGGUGGUCAUGGGGCAUGGUGUGGUGGGGGUAGUUGGUCUGAGCCUGAAAAUGUUCUUCUUUCUGUCCAUGCAAACGAAUUUUGUGUGUUUUGUUUUCAAAAAUUGUUUUUCUUUCAAGUCUCCAAAUAUGGUUUUCAGUAAAAAUCAGCGUAAACAACCAUCCAUCAUCACCAUUUUCACCUCACUUUCACCACAUGGUCCAAUAUUCCCAUUCAGGCCCAACGUCAAACACCUUACCCGUGUUAUAAAAACCCAUCUCCUCCAGAAUCAUCGAAACACCGCAAAGCUCACCACCACUGCCACCACCGCCAUCUUCAAAUCAGCCCCACGGUCAGCCACUACAACAUCUUCAUCAUCUACUGCCACCGCUUCAAAUACCCAAUCCCAUCACAACCACUUCACUCCACCUUCCUCAGUCACCAAACACCAUCUCUCCAUCUUCGUUCCACACCGCAAACAAUCUCCGCACGAACCCAGCGCCACCACCUUAUUUGCAAGACCGCCUAAAGUUUUGAGUGGAAGAACCAAACCGAUGAUGAUUUCAGCAGACAAGGCUCUUCAAACAGUGCUAAGUGUGGCUCAGCGUCUGCAUUCUGUUACUGUUCCGCUACACGACGCUUUUGGCAAGGUCUUGGCUGAGGAUGUUCGUGCUCCUGACCCUUUGCCCCCUUACCCAGCUUCUGUCAAGGAUGGUUAUGCUAUAAUUGCUUCGGAUGGACCAGGUGAAUAUCCAGUUAUUGCUGAAGCAAGAGCUGGGAAUGAUGGAGUUGGAGUGACUGUGACCAGUGGAACUGUUGCAUAUGUAACGACUGGAGGACCAAUACCUGAUGGUGCUGAUGCAGUUGUUCAAGUUGAAGACACUGAACAAAUUGAAAAUAGUUCAGGUGAAUCAAAGUGGGUCAAAAUAUUGGUACAGACUAGCAAAGGUGUUGACAUUCGUCCGGUGGGAUGUGACAUUGAGAAAGAUUCCAUGGUAUUAAAAUCUGGAGAAAGAGUAGGUGCUUCAGAAAUUGGCUUACUUGCUACUAUGGGUGUAAUGAUGGUGAAGGUUUAUCCUACCCCAACAAUUGGGGUGCUUUCUACAGGAGAUGAACUUACAGAGCCAACAACCAAGUUUCUAAAUCGUGGCCAGAUUAGGGACUCCAACCGUGCUAUGAUACUGGCAGCUGCUGCAGAGCAGCAGUGCAAAGUUGUUGACCUUGGUAUUGCUAGAGAUGAUGAAGAAGAAUUAGAGAGGAUCUUGGAUACUGCUUUAGCUGCUGGUAUUAACAUUCUUUUAACUUCUGGAGGUGUUUCCAUGGGAGACAAGGAUUUUGUCAAGCCAUUGCUUGCAAAGAGGGGAACUGUGUAUUUUAGUAAGGUUUUCAUGAAACCAGGGAAGCCCUUGACAUUUUCUGAGAUCAAUUUAAACCCAGUAGAGGGUAAAAUUCACAGCAAAAUUCUUGCAUUUGGGUUGCCAGGAAAUCCAGUGAGCUCUCUGGUUUCUUUCCAUAUUUUUGUGGUCCCCACCAUCCGCCGUCUUGCUGGAUGGGGAAACCCUCAUCUUUUCAGAGUUCAGGCCCGUCUUCGCCAGCCCAUAAAAGCAGAUCCAGUUCGACCAGAAUUCCAUCGUGCCAUUAUUGGAUGGGAUGUCAAUGAUGGCUCAGGCAAUCCUGGUUUUGUUGCAGAGAGCACUGGUCAUCAGAGGAGCAGCAGGCUUUUAAGUAUGAAGUCAGCUAAUGCUUUGUUGGAGUUGCCAGCUACAGGCAGUGUCAUAUCUGCUGGGACUGUUGUGUCUGCCAUUAUAAUUUCUGAGUUAAGCAAUACUGCCUUUUGCAAUAGUUCCUUAUUGUCAGAAUCAACUUCGGCAUCGGAAGGAAUUAUAUCGAAAGAAAUAACUGCAGAUGGGUCUCAGAAUGCUGAGCUCAAAGUAGCCGUUCUAACAGUGAGUGAUACUGUUGCAUCAGGGUCUGGGCCUGAUAGAAGUGGUCCUCGGGCUGUUUCUGUUGUAAAUUCUUCAUCAGAAAGGUUGGGAGGAGCAAGGGUAGUUGCAACAACUGUGGUCCCAGAUGAUGUGAGCAAAAUUAAGGAUGUUUUAAAGAGAUGGAGUGAUGUUGACAAAAUGGAUCUGAUUCUUACCCUCGGUGGCACUGGCUUCACCCCAAGAGAUGUAACCCCUGAAGCAACCAAAGAAUUGAUCGAGAAAGAAACACCUGGUCUUUUGCAUGUAAUGAUGGUGGAGAGUUUAAAGGUGACACCAUUUGCUAUGCUCUCACGUGCUGCAGCAGGAAUACGGGGAUCAUCAUUGAUCAUCAACAUGCCUGGGAAUCCAAAUGCUGUUUCUGAGUGCAUGGAGGCUUUGUUGCCUGCCCUUAAGCACGCAUUAAAGCAGAUAAAGGGGGACAAGAGAGAAAAACAUCCUCGGCAUGUCCCUCAUGCACAAGCUGCCGCUGUUGAUGUGUGGGAGCAAAGUUAUAAGUCGGCCUCUGCUGGUGGCAAAGAACCUGGUUGUUCUUGUUAGUUGUUCCGAUUGAAGUAUGGAGGAGCAGAAAGCAUAAAAAAGGAUCUUCUUGAAAAAACUGACAGUAACUAUAGAAUGUAAAACUGCAUACAUUUACAAGUUCUGUGAUUGCUUAAUCCAAUUACUCUUUUAAGUUUUCUUGUUUAAAUGCUUCAUUCAAUCAUUUGUUUCAGUUUUAAUGUUGGUUUACAUUCUGGAUCUGUGAUUUCUAGAAAUGUGCCAAAUAUACAGUUACAAUGCC